GCAGGCGUGGAGCAAUUGGAGAAGUUCGUGGAAGGAUGAGAAGAAUGAUGAGAAGAAGGAACGUGAGAGAUCACCACGGCCACAGGUGGCGGAAGAACGACCACCGAUUGAAAUGUCUCGUUUGCCACCUGGUUGGCGAAUUUUCCAAUCGCGUCGCGAUGCUUCUACCUUCUAUCUCUGGAACGAGCACUCGGGACAUAUGGUUCUUUUGCCAAAGACGGAUCCUGAAGCGAAGCGCUAGUUGGGUCGGCCUUGCUGUUCACUGCGCUGAUGCAUGCACGGAAAGAUCCAAAACGGAUUGCCUUUUACGUAAAACAUUGCAGAGAAACAUGUGCAUGUAA